AUGUUGGAUAAAAAGAAUGAAAUGAUGAAAUGUGAAGAGCAAGGAGCGAGAAAUUCUGAGAAAAAUGUCAUAAAACAAGAACAGGAAUAUUGUAAACUACUGUUUGAAAGAAUACAUGAAAUAUUACGUGUUGACACAUCUCAAUACUUCCGAAGGAAAGGCUUGGAAAUGAAGACACUGGAAUUUAAUUCAAGCACGCAAAAUAUAUCUAUGAACAUUCUAGGUGUUCUUGAAGACCAGACCAUGCAACUUGAAAGCUUUUGGCAUGGAUUGUAUUUUGGCCUGAGUCUUGUUCCAGCCACUCAUAUAGUUCACCAACUGGUGUGGUUAUUCUCAACGCACAAGAAUGUAAAAGAAACUACUACUACUACUACUACUGCUACUGCUACUGCUACUGCUACUGCUACUGCUACUGCUACUGCUACUGCUGACUGGCUAUGCUACUGGGCUUACUGUACUGCUACUGUACUGACUACGCUACGCUAG